CCAGAUCCAGAGCUGGGCCUGGGGUCUACCAGGCGAAUGACGCUGGGCCCUCAUUGGUCAGUGACAGAGGCAGUUCUUUAAGCGGACUAUGGGAAGCCAGGUGGCUCCCACAGGUACCUAGCCCUGACGCUGGUCCAGCCCCCCGCUGUCUGGGGACCUCCUUCCUCCAGCUCCACACGUCCAUCACGGAGGGCCUCCAGAGAGAAACUGCAAAGCGGGGAGAGGAAGGCGGGAGAGCUUCCUCUUGUGCUUUUCGGAACCAGGGCCUGUGCACCAAAACCGAAUGAUGAAAAAUAAGUGAAAAGUCAAACAGGAUUCCAGUCUACACCGCCAGGGAUGGCCUCUUCCUGCCACAACAGGCCUGCCAAGCCUUGAGGAUGCCAUCAUCCAACCCAGACAUCCCUAAGCAGGAGCUUGAAGAUUCAGAUCCUCACACCAUGUCCCUCCCCGGACAUCACACGGGUGCUCAAGACAGCGGCACACCAUCGUCUUUCAAAUGCUCGAUGUCAGCCUUAUACGAGUCCGCAGAGAACUUUAGUAAAGAGAGCAAGAAGUCAAAUUUCCAAAAGAUCUGCGGCACCUCAUUUGAGGAAGCUCGGCAACUGCUUGGUAAAAACCCCGCCUUGAGAAAAAGCGAGCCCCUCCCGGCCAUCCAGAUCCCCGCUAAGAAGGAGGAGCAGAAGCCCAAGUCCAUGGCGAACCUGCUUCAGCACAGCCUGCUGAUGGGCUCCCUGGUCCCCCUGGAGCAGUUAUCCCAGAUUCAGCAGAGGCUGAUCCAUGCGGGCAUCCCUCCUCCGGAGCACACCUUUCCGUACGCAUUCAGGACCGACGAGCCCAUGGUGACUCCGACACCGCCCACCUACAGGAAGAGGACUCCAAGUGCCACCUUUCGCAAACUCCUCCUGGCUUCUGUUACCCCGGACAGGCUGGACUUUGAAGAUAAAACGGUUCGAUUCUUCCCCUCCGAGGCAGGAAAGCAAUUCCUGGACCUAGUGGACCUGGAGUGGAGGUAUUUCAAGGGGCUUGCGAAGUGGGGACGCAUGCCCAGGAAGUUUUCAGUCAUGGACAUAGAAUUCACCAGUGAGAAGAGAUUCGUGGAGAGCCAGGGCAUGCCUGGGUUGAUUUUCCCUCCUCUAGUUCGUAAGACUUUGGAGACAUACCCUCAGGUCGACUCUCAUAAAGAGAGAUUUUUAUUGUCUAAAAUGGCAUGUAUAGAAGAGGAUUUGGAUUGUGACGUUUGAGAACAUUAAACUUACAUGGGAGACAGAGAAGCACGCAACCCAUUCUUUUACGCAACAACUAUGCAAAGCCUAAACCCAAGCGUUCUCUUGGAGGAAAAUGCCCACCUGAUCCGCUAACCUUAGCCCUGCUUCACGCUCAUCUGAACCAGGAAUGGAGACUUGAAAACAACUCUCAAGCAAGAGCGAAUCUUUACAAAGGUUUCUUGCUUGCACAAGCCUCCAAGUUGAAGCCCACUGUCCCACUCCUCCCAACGUUAAAUGCAUAGGAAUUCCAUCCCAUAAAAAGAGCUGAGCAAGCCGGGCAGUGGUGGCGCACACCUUUAAGCCCAGCAGUCGGAAGGCAGAGGCAGCCUGGUCUA